CGGCCAACGCCCUUUCCUCCUAGCUCUCGUGUUCUUCGAGUCUUGUCGACCCUCAGGCUUGCAACUGAACACCAUGUCCCCCACUCUCAACGUUAAGGGUGCAGAGUCCGGCGCCGCUCGCAUUCUCGGCUCGGGAUUCACUGUAGGCGUUGCUGAGCUAGUCGUCUUUCACCCUGUGGAUACUAUUACUAAGCGGUUGAUGAGCAACAAGUCGAAGGUCUCCUUUUCGACGCUUUCGCCAAUUAUCUUCCGCGAACACGCGACUGCGCCCCUUGGAAGGCGUUUACUGUCGCUCUUCCCUGGUCUUGGCUACGCUGCUGGUUAUAAGGUUACACAGCGUAUUUACAAGUACGGCGGCCAACCAUGGUUCAGCGAUAUUAUUACGAGGAACUACAAGACUCAGUUCACAAACACGUUUGGUGAGAGGAAAGGCAAACUAAUGACCCAAGCUCUUGCUGGCAGUAUGACUGGUAUUGGCGAAGUCGUCCUUCUGCCAUUGGAUGCCCUCAAAAUUAAGAGGCAGGUGAAUCCCGAAGCUUUCCGUGGACGUGGCGUCGUGCGGAUCUUCCUCGAGGAAGGCACGACGCUUUACCGUGGCUGGGGAUGGACCAUGGCCCGCAAUGCACCGGGAAGUUUUGCUCUUUUUGGUGCUUCUGCCUUAACCAAGGACUACUUGUUCAACCUCGACGACUACCAUAAGGCGACCUGGGUACAGAAUUUUGUUGCUUCGAUCGCCGGUGCUGUCGCGUCCAUUAGUGUUGCGGCACCCCUCGAUACGAUCAAGACCCGUAUCCAAAAUGCCAACUUCGAGACUAAGGUCAGCGGUAUGACUGUGGUCAAGGAUUUGGUCAAGAACGAGGGUCCCACUGCGCUAUUCAAGGGUCUAACCCCUAAGAUCCUGGUUGUCGGUCCUAAGCUCGUCUUCUCUUACACCCUUGCGCAGACCCUCAUCCCGAUGUUCUCCAAGUAUGUUUAAGAAGCUGAAAACCCUUCCCAGGGUCCGUAGCUUCGACACAACCCGCUAUUCUACGCUAGCGCAUUUGGCCGCUCCCCACAGCCUAUAUCUAGAACCGCUUGCAACUUUAAAAGUACUUACUGCUCCCCUCACAUCUCACCACUUAUCCAUGCUGUCGACACCUGCUUUGUAUAGCUAUCUUAUGGACCCGGAAUUAUUCACCUCGUUGCGAACAUAUGCAUGCUGCCGAGUUUUGCUGAUGAAUCUUGAGCUGG